GUGUGAGAGAGAAGACACACAUGCAUGUGUGUACAUAUGCAGCUCCACAACAGCUGAUUGAGGCAGACAGACAGACAGACAGACAGACAUGGAAGAGAAGUAAAGGAUACUAAAGGAGACAAAACAAGCCAAAGAUUGGAAGGAAAAGCCUCUGGGUGAGAGCCAGUUGAAAUCAUGGCAGACCCUUCAACGGGCCCACCUGCGGAUCUCAACAAACUCAGUUUCUGGAUGCCAGGAAACUACGUGCGAACGGUGCGGCGGACAUCAGAGUCAUACCAGGCUUGUAAGGACAUCAUGGCGUGUAUGAAGGACCGUGCCCAUGUGGAGCGACAGUAUGUCGAUCAACUGAGUGAAUGGAGCACCAAAUGGAAAUCAAUCACAGAUAACCGGCCGCUGUAUGGCUCCCUCAUGCGGGCAUGGCAGUGCUUCUUCUCAUCCACCGAGCGUCUGUCUGCCCUCCACUCGUCUAUCUCUCAGACUCUGGUUUCUGAAGAUGGAGAGCGUAUCCGUGCCUGGCAGAAGGAGACGUUCCCGCGGAAGAUGUUCUGCGGCUUCAGAGAGACAUACAAUCUUGAAACUGCUUUCUCCCGUGCUCAGAAACCCUGGGUGAAGAGAUUAAAGAAGCUGGAUAAGGCUCGUGCUGCAUAUCACAAGUCAUGUCAGCGUGAGCAGAACGCUCAGGAGAAAGAGAAUCAAGCCAAACGCAACGCCAACCUGAGCGAGAGCAAACUGUCCAAGAUACAACAGAUGAGAGAGAAAGCCACAGAAGAACGCAACAAAGCACAUGAUCGCUAUGAGAAGGUUCUGGAGGACGUCACUGGCUUUGCACCGCGAUACAUGGAGGAAAUGGAGUCUGUGUUCGACCAAUCGCAGGAGGAGGAGCGGAAGAGGAUCAGCUUUUUGAAACAGACCUUCCUGUCCAUACACAGACACCUCGACAUUACCAAUAACGAGAGUAUAAAAGCGGUGUACAGUGAACUGCAUCACACACUCUUGUCUGUCAGUGAACAAGAUGAUCUGCGCUGGUGGAAAAACCACCAUGGACCGGGCAUGCCCACUGAUUGGCCCAAACUAGAGGAAUGGAGCCCUCCGGUUAAAAAGCAGAAGCCAGCUAAGAAAUCAAAACCUCAGAGAGGAACUGAAGAGAAAGCGGUCAUGAUCGGAGGCGUGCGUGUUCGAGCGCUGUACAAUUAUGUUGGAGAGGAACCUGACGAAUUAUCUUUUAAAGCAGGUGAAGAGUUCCUCAAAGUGGAGGAAGAGGACGAUCAGGGCUGGUGUUGGGGGGUGAAAGAGGGCGGGGUCGAAGGAUUUUAUCCGGCCAAUUACGUGCUGCCCGUGCAAGCACGUCAUGAAACAUAGCUGAACAGUAAUAAUGCUCGCUUAUAACUGUUUGCUGUGGAUAUUAAUUAAAGUGUCCCCUAUUAAUAGUCUGAAUGCAUUGCAUUAUACAAUAAAAGAGCAUACCCAUAAUUAAAGUGUUUGGUAU